ACCGGAAGUGGACAGAGCAGUGAAGCGGGGAGUGUGUAGGGUUGUGUGCAGCAGUAGGUGAGUGAGUGAGUGUGUGUAGUGAGUGUGUGUGUGUAGUGAGUGUGUGUGUGUAGUGAGUGUGUGUGCAGUGUGCGGGGUGAGGACAUGGCCGCUGUGUCUCCGCUGCGGGCUUUAACGCGGGCACUGAGCGGAAUAACGCGGCGCCGCUGCAGCGCUUUCCGGAGGAGCUCAGCUUCAGCUCGGAAUACUGCGAUACUCGUCACUUUACCUCCACUAUCUUAUCUGGGAUAUGAAACACUCCGGAGAGUGUAUUGUGCAACUGCAGUGUUUGCACUUGACAAAGCUGAGGAAGUUAUAGAACAAGCCGAUUACUUGUACAGCUGUGGAGAAACCGAGAAACUUUACCAGCUCCUGCUGCAGUAUAAGGACAGUGAUGAUGCAGAGUUCCUGUGGAGAUUGGCUCGAGCCUCACGUGACCUCGCUUUGCUGCCCAACAUCACUGCUGACCAGAAGAAAAAACUCAGCUAUGAGGCAUUCGACUACGCCAAAAAAGCACUGGAGAAAAACGAAAACUGCUUUGCUGCACACAAAUGGUAUGCUGUUUGCUUAAGUGAUGUAGGAGACUAUGAAGGGGUCAAAGUUAAAAUUGGAAAUUCCUUCAUCAUUAAGGAGCAUUUGGAGAGGGCUAUUGAGCUAAAUCCAAAAGAUGCCACUUCUAUCCAUAUCCUGGGUUAUUGGUGUUUUGCCUUUGCUGAAUUGCCGUGGUACCAGCGUAAAGUCGCAGCGGUUCUAUUUGCAUCACCACCAACUGCUACUUAUGAAGAGGCCUUGGUGUUUUUUCUGAGAGCUGAGGAAGUGGACCCAAACUUCUAUAGCAAGAAUCUUUUGAUGCUUGGGAAGACAUACAUGAUGCUCAAGGACCAGGAGAAAGCUCUUCUUUGGCUUAAAAAAGCACGAGACUAUCCUGCCAUUACAGAUGAGGACAAACAGGUUCACAAAGAAGCACUUGAUCUGCUCAAGAAGCUAAACGGCUGAUGGAAGGAUCCAUCUGUAUCAACAACAAAACUAGUGCCUUGGUUUAUUUCAAUUCCAAUAGCCUUAACAGGGAACAAGUAAUAUUUUAAAUAUUGUGGGUUUAAAAUGAGUUUUUAUUGUAGACAUAUAGUAAUAAAGUAUUAAUGAUCUGAAUUACAUUGAGUGUAAUGUGACCAAUCCUAUCUGCCUGAACUAUUAUCCAUACCAUUUGAAAGUUUAGAAAACAAAUUUAUUAAGUAUGGUUCUCUCUUUUAUUCUCUCCACUAGAAUAAAAAUAUUCCCUCUUCUUCCUUUC